AUGUAUUCAAAAUCAGUUGCAGUUGGACUCUCCCUUAUGGUAGCUUCAUCUUAUGUUAUUGCUAUACAUAUUGGACAACCUAUGGGGCAAGAUCGGAAUGAUCCCAAGGUCAUUAAGGGUAGAAUGUUAAGAGUAUGUAUACUAUGUAUCUUACAGGCGAUCAUAUUACCUAUGAUACUUAUAAAAUUGGGCGCUUACAAUGAUUUUAAAUCAGUUUUAGUUAGUUUUGGAUUGAAAUUUCAAUUGUUUGAUACUCUUAAAUGCCUUCUACUGAUUUGUUUAUUGUACAUAGGACCCUUGAUAAAUCAUUUUUAUACAAUUGAUUUCCAUUUUGAAACUUUUUAUAAAGAUUUAUUUGCAGAAUUAACUCUGAUUUGGGGUAUUAGAGAUUUAAUUUUCGCUCCAAUUUCUGAAGAGUUUGUAUAUAGAUCUUUAGUAUUGUCUAUUUACAAACCAUUGAUAGGAAAUGGGGAAUCAUCAUUAACUCUGGUUAAAUUAUGGACUCCAUUUUUAUUUGGAAUUGCUCAUAUUCACCAUGGUUAUACCCUCUAUAAAGUGAAGAAAAUCCCCGCAUCAAUGGUUCUAUUCAAUGGAGCCAUGCAAUUGACUUAUACUACAUUAUUUGGGAUGUUGGUUAACAACUUCAUGUUGAAAAAUAAUAAUAUAUGGGGCUGUAUUGUUAUCCAUAGUAUUUGUAAUUGUAUGGGAUUCCCAGACUUCGAACCAGAAAUGCAUCCUAUUGCGUAUUAUAUAUUAUUGGUUUUAGGAUUGAUUAUGUUUUACUUUAGUUUAUAA